GACUCUUGGGAGCGCGCCGCAGCUAUGGCCGCCGUGUGACACUCGGAGCCCGCGGAGCGGUGCUUUGUCGGCCUAGGCGGGCUGCAGCGGGCCCCGGGCGCUCCUCCGGCCCCGGCGCGGGAGAGGAUCGCGGCUGCGGGGCGGCGGGGCGGCGUGCGGCGUCUAAAAGAUGACGACCGCAGCAAGGCCAACAUUUGAACCCGCCAGGGGUGGGAGAGGGAAAGGAGAAGGGGAUCUGAGCCAACUCUCGAAGCAAUAUUCAAGUAGAGACCUACCUUCUCAUACAAAGAUAAAAUACAGACAAGCUACCCAGGAUGCCCCUGAAGAGGUUCGGAACCGCGACUUCCGGAGAGAGCUGGAGGAGAGAGAACGUGCUGCAGCCAGAGAGAAGAAUAGAGACCGUCCAGCUCGAGAGCAUACAACCUCUUCUUCAGUGUCAAAGAAGCCCCGGCUCGAUCAGAUUCCCGCUGCCAACCUUGAUGCGGAUGACCCGCUCACAGAUGAGGAAGAUGAAGACGAGGACUUUGAAGAGGAGAGUGAUGAUGACGACACUGCUGCUCUGCUUGCAGAGCUGGAGAAGAUCAAAAAAGAAAGAGCUGAAGAACAGGCCAGGAAGGAGCAAGAACAGAAAGCUGAAGAAGAAAGGAUCCGCAUGGAGAAUAUUCUGAGCGGAAACCCUCUCCUCAACCUCACUGGCCCCUCGCAGCCUCAGGCCAGCUUCAAGGUCAAAAGGAGAUGGGACGACGAUGUUGUUUUCAAGAACUGUGCAAAGGGAGUAGAUGACCAGAAGAAAGACAAGAGAUUCGUGAAUGAUACACUGCGGUCUGAAUUUCACAAAAAAUUCAUGGAGAAAUACAUUAAAUAGUGCAGUUUUAUGUGCUUUGUGAAAGUCUGUAACAUGUAAAUCGCUUGUCCUGUCCAGACUGUAUAGACCAGCGUUUUUCAACCACUGUGCCCGGCACACUAGUGAGCCGUGAUGUAUUAUCUGGUGUGUCGUGGGAAAAAUUCCAAUUUCUUCGUAACAUGCGGCUUCGGCUCACAAUUAGACCAAUCAGGGCUAAACAGGCCCAAGUUUCGCACUGAGUAAGUAAACAGAAAUAUUAUCAAUUAUAAAAAUACUUUAUUAUCUCAUAAUAAAGUAAUUAUAAAAUAAUUUCUUUGUUUUUAUUUGAUUCCUAUUCAAGAGAAUUAUUUUAUAUAUAGUCAAUAUAGGCACAGAGUUAAAUUUUUUUAACUUUUAAGUUUUAUUUUAUUUUAUUUUGAG